GGCGGCAGCAGAGGCGGGAAUUCAUGCGGAAGUGGCUCGUGUCGGCUUCGCUUCCCUGACCCUAACCCUAACCAAUCACACGCCUCUCUUCUACAUUAACCAACCGAAACAGAGCAGGCUGCGUGUGGCAGCCAAUCAGAGGCAGAGUAGGGCGGGUCAUGCCUUCAUUGACCUAGCAAAAUAUCUAUGUAGCUCUCACCAGUAGACAAUUCCUUCCGUAGCAUCGGUUUCUGUACCUUGUGUUCACCAUGAACCCGCUGACCAAAGUGAAGCUGAUCAACGAGCUGAACGCUCGCGAGGCGAGUCUCGGGGUGAAGGAGUCCGUGUCCUGGCACAGCGAGUACAAGGACAGCGCCUGGGUGUUUGUCGGAGGAUUUCCAUACGAGCUGACUGAAGGAGACAUCAUCUGCGUCUUCUCACAGUACUUUACUGUUAGUAGGCGGGACAAAGAGAGUGUCUCUGUGAUCCGAUUGGUCCGUUUUGUUUUCCAUCAGAUCAAAGGACGGACGAUCCGCGUGGACCACGUGAAGGACUACCGUCCUCCCAAAGACACGGAGGACAUGGAUGACAUCACCAGGCGGCUGAGGGAGGACGGCUGCGCCCCCAGAGCUGAGAAGACGUCCUCGGAGGAGGAGGAAGAGGAGGAGCAGUACAGCGUCCCCGUCAAGAAGCCCAAGAAAGAAAAGAAAGACAAGAAGAAAAAGAAGAAAGAGAAGAAGGAGAAGAAGGCCGAGAAGGAGAAAGAGAAGGCGAGCCGGGCGCUGCACUCCUCCUCUUCUUCCUCUCCUCGUCCUCCUCCUCUUCCUCAGGCCGCCGUCAGAGUCAAAGAGGAGAAGGAGGACGCCGCCUACGACAAAUACAACCAGAGGAGGGCGCCGCCCGGGGGGGGACAGAACGGACAGAGAGGGAGGGAGGGACACGGAGACGGAGACAGGAACAGAGAGAGAGACGGGGACAAAAACUACAACAGGAAAAGAGAGUUUGACCGGGACAGAGACGAGGAGAGACGAAGAGAGACAGACGGAGACGACGACAGACGAAGAGAGACAGACAGAGACGACGAUAGACGAAGAGAGACAGACAGAGACAACGAUAGACAAAGAGAGACAGAAAGAGACAACGAUAGACGAAGAGAGACAGACAGAGACGGGGACCUGAGCAGAGAAAGAGAGGAAUACAGGAGGAGGAAUCGUGAGAGGGAGGGAGACGGGAGGAGAGAGACAAGCAGAGACUACGAAAGAAAGAGAGACAGCGAUCGGAGAAGGGAGACAGACAGAGAGGGUGAGAGGAGAAGACAAACCGAUAGGAGAGAGAGACAGUGAUAGAAGGAAGGAGACAGAGACUUCGAAAGAGAGUUUGACAGAGACGGCGGUAGACGAAGAGAGACAUUGAUCGAAGGCGGGAGACCGACAGGGACAACAAGAGACAGGGAGGAAGACAAACCGAGACAGAGAGGAAGACAAACCGAGACAAAGAGACAGAGGAGGGAGACAAGAGACAGAAGACAGAAACCGAAUGCCAAAAGCAAUGAAAGGAAAGAGUUUGACAGAGACAGCGAUAGAAGACAAGAGACAGGCAUUGAUUGGAGGACCGCGAGAGACAGACGUAAACAGGCUGUUGCAUGCUGAGACAGACAUACCGUCCCCUCUGAGCGGUGUGUGGGACACGGCUGCCUGUGAAGUGGACGUGUCU